GUAUAUAUAAGAUGGGAAGUGUGAGUCAAGGGACAUACAUCCUCGCCCCACCUACCAGCAGCAUGAAGUUUGUGGUUCUCGCUCUCCUGGCCACCGUGGCCACCGCCGCCCCCCAGUACGCCGCUCCUGCCCCUGCUCCUAGUCGCUACAGUUCGUCAAGCAAGGAGGUUUCCAUUAUCAAGCAUGACUUUGUACAGGGUGACUAUGGCGGCUACCAACUCGACGUGGAGACUGGCAACGACAUCGUAAUAUCCCAGUCUGGUUCUCCCGACGGACCCGAUGGAGCUGUGGUCAAGACUGGACAAUACUCGUACAUUGCUCCUGACGGCACACACGUCGUUGUGAAAUUCGUCGCCGACGAGAACGGCUACCAGCCCCAGUCUGACCUGCUGCCAGUGGCUCCCGCCUUCCCCCACCCAAUCCCUCAGUUCGUGCUGGACCAGAUCGCCUUCGCAGCUGAAGAGGACGCUGCCAAAGCCCGUGGCAAGUCCGCCUCUUCCGCCAGCUACGGCCUCCCCACUUGAUAGAACCAUCCUUUAGAAACAGUCCACCUACAAGUACAGGAGUCAGGUGUUGUGACCAUUGAGUGACGCCAACACCACCAGUUGAUUAUUCUUUGUUUUUUUCUUCUUACUAUUAUUUAUAAUACUACGAAAUAAAAGACAGAACAAA